AUGGAGAAAUCAACACUAGCUGUUACCACAGAGAAAUACCAUUCUCGAAGUGAGGAAAAUUCUACGCAUGAAUAUCCAAUUGAUAAUCCAUUUUCUACUCCCCAGGAUCAAAGAUCCAUUAUUUCUGCACAGCAAUACUCUAUUUUUACAGAAUCGAAGCCGCUCAGGCAGCGAAAAUUCCAAUCUGCACGUCUCAUAGGCAAAUAUGAGAAGCCAUGGACCUUGAAGAAAGACCCUCGUAUGCUGUGGGAUAAAAUAUUCUUUAUCGGACUCACGAUAGUAGGAUUGGGAAUUGGUGCAUAUAUCAUCUAUUCUGGGUGGGCGAGUGUGGAAAAUCCCCCAUAUUGUCUCCUAUUCGAAGACGAUUUCCUCCAUGGAAUCAACGAAAAUGACUGGAACUACGAAAUCCAAGUAGGAGGCUACGGCGUCGGUUCAUUCGACUGGACCACCAACGAUCCCUCAAACGCCUAUACUGACGAGAAUGGAUUGCAUAUCGUGCCCACAAUCACCACCAAUGCCACUGACAUCACUAAUGCACAGUUGUUCAAUGGGUACACCUUGAACCUAACACAACAGGGCGUCUGUACUACGAAUAAUUUAGUCGACUGUGUCCGUGUCAGCAAUAUCUCCACCGGUGCUAUAAUCAAUCCCGUUAGAAGCGCGCGAUUGACAACCAAGGGAAAGCACAAUAUCACAUACGGGAAAAUAGAGGUUACAGCCAAAUUGCCACGGGGUGAUUGGCUAUGGCCUGCAAUCUGGAUGAUGCCCGAAGAAAGUGUUUACGGCGAAUGGCCACUUAGCGGAGAAAUUGAUAUUAUGGAAUCAAAGGGCAAUGAUGGACGAACAUACGAUGGUGGACGCAAUCUCGUCGGAGGUACUCUUCACUGGGCACCUAAUCCAGUUUUGGAUGCGUUUUACCGUACAAACGGUGUCAAGUACACGACGCGCGGCGAUUACUCGGACAAUUAUCACACCUAUGGAAUGGAAUGGAGCGAUGAGUACAUCUAUACCUGGGUUGAUAGUCGACUUGCACAAUCUAUGUAUAUCCCCUUUGGCAAAAAGUACGGUACAAUGUACGAAAGAGGAAACUUCGCUUCCAUGAGCGUGAAUGGAUCUAUUCCGCUUGACCCUUGGUCUGGCACGAAGCGCUAUAAUACCCCCUUUGAUCAAGCGUUCUACCUUAUCCUGAACGUCGCUGUCGGAUCUACAAACUCAUAUUUCCAGGAUGGAUAUGGCAGCAAGCCUUGGAUCGAUAAAUCAGCUGACGCCAUGGCUCAAUUCUACAAUGCAUCUUCUGCUUGGGAGUCCACUUGGGGUGAAGGCGAUACUCGAGGAAUGUCGGUCAAGAGUGUGAAGAUAUUUCAACGCGGCGAAUGCAAGUCUAGCUAG